AUGACUUCAAGAGUUCUGGUGGACAUCCGAGAGGAGGUCACCUGUCCCAUCUGCCUGGAGAUCCUGACAGAACCUUUGAGCACAGACUGUGGCCACAGCUUCUGCCAGGCCUGCAUCACAGAGAACAGUGAGAAAUCAGGAGUCGGCCAAGAAGAGGAGAACAGCUGUCCUGUGUGCCACUCUGGCUACCACCCCCGGGACCUCCGGCCUAAUCGGCACCUGGCCAACAUAGCAGAGCGGCUCAGAGAGGUGGUGCUGGCACCUAUAACCCAGCCACAGGUCGCUCUCUGUGCACACCAUGGAGAGAAGCUCCAGCUCUUCUGUAAGGAGGAUGGGAAGCUGAUUUGCUGGCUUUGUGAGCGCUCCCAGGAACACCGUGGUCACCAUACCUUCCUCAUGGAGGAGGUAGCUCAGGAGUACCAGGAAAUGUUCCUAGAAUCACUGCAGAAGUUGAGGAAAGACGAGGAGGAAGCUGAGAGACUAACAGCUGUUAUCAGAGAGAAGAGGACAUCCUGGAAGAAUCAGGUGGAGCCUGAGAGACACAGGAUCCAGAAAGAGUUUGAUCGUCUACGCAGUGUCCUGGACAGAGAGGAGCAGCGGGAGCUGAGGAAGCUGGAGGAGGAAGAGCGGAAAGGGCUGAGCAUCAUAGAGAAAGCCGAGGGUGAGAUGAUCCGCCAGAGCCAGUCCCUCAGAGAGCUCAUCUCCGACCUCGAGUACCGGUGCCAGGGGUCCACCGUGGACCUGCUGCAGGAUGUGAAUGAGCUCACACAAAGGAGUGAAUUCUGGACCCUGAAGAAGUUCCAAGCACUCCCCACCAAGCUGAGAAGUGCCUUUCGAGCCCCAGAUCUGAAAAAGAUGCUGCAAGUGUUUCGAGAGCUCACAGAUGUCCAGAGUUACUGGGGUGAGUGGAAACCAUGGCCUCUGAGCUGAUUUGUCUCUUCCCCUUCUGUCACUCCUCU